GACAAGUCAUAGGUAUCACCGUAUCUUUAUGCUCAUCAUCAAAGGCGGAUAUCAAAGCGAUGUGGUGUGACUUAGCGUGUUGAGUUCUGGUCUAUCUUGUUCUCGUUAAUCCAGCUUGGCACUCUCCUCUCAUCUGCCCAUCUCCUCCUUUUCCCUUGAACCAAUCAACCUCUCAAUCAAUAUUUUCCUCCUCAAAAGCUGCUUUUUUCCAUCAUCAUGCCAGCUGAUCGUUCCAAUCAAAAUAAAGGUCGAAAGUCAAUCUUCUGCACCGCUUGUAAGAUGGUCAAAGACCUCGAUCAGUUCGACGGCCAUCAGCUCACCAAGCGGUUCGGAAUCAAGCAAUGUGCUGAAGAGGAGGAGAAAAAGAUCCCGAUCGAGUACGAUGCCGAGCAGGAAAAGAGCAGAGCGAUCGAGAGACGCGCGCUCUUGAAGAAGAUCUGGUGUCGGAGAUGCAUGCCGCAACAGACGAACGAGUUCUACUGUAGUGACUGCGAACAACGUCUGCCCAGGGCCAAAUUCGCCCAAGCCCAAUUAUCGAAACACAAGUCAGACGAAGACAGGUUAUGCAAAGAUUGUGCGAGCUUGACGAUGCAGAAAGUCGAAGCUGUGCGAGUUGGAGAGGAGUAUGAAGCUGAUGAGAUCGAGAACAAAUUGAAGGAACGAAGGAAGGCUACUUUGAGUAAGACUAGUAAUAAUCCUGAAUCCGAUAAUCAACCGACAGAAUCGGCCUGAAGAAUAACGCUUUCGAGGAGUAUUGACAACUAAGAAUGAUCUAGCGUCUUCCCUUUAUCUGGUUCCAUUCCCUCUCUCUUUCUCUCUAUUUUCUUUUUGGAUGUCAUACUGCAUGCAGACCCUUCGUCACAAGAGCCUUUUCCGAAAAAAAAUAAUAUUUUAUUGUUUUUACCAUUGGUGACUUCCUUAUGUGUCAGUGUAUAUAUAUUAUGCCCCUCUAUGUUCUCGUAUUCUGUAGGUUGAGAAAGGUCAAGACAACUCUUGACACUUUUCCUACGCUCUCAUUCAGACCAAAAUAUCUAUAACAGUCAUUCUUGGCUAGAGAAUCACCCAUUAACAAAUAUCAUCAGUGAUCAUUGUUCUUUUUUCAUUUUUUUUUUCGGUUCCUCUUUCGACUUGAAAAAUGAAAGGAUGUAGUGUGUG